ACCGUGCCUACUCCUCCACCUGUCCAAGCAGCAGUAAGUGACCCGCAGAUGUGUGCUUCUCCAGCUAAACCAAAGCCCGUCUUAACCACAUGCACUCCUAACCCCAUCCAGAUCAACUCCAUCUAUCCAGUUUUUCCAGGUGUACCCAUUAUUCCAGUCCAGCCCCAGCUCUCCCACUUCAUAAUGCAAUUGUUCGGCAGUCCAGUUCAUCUGGGACUGGGUCCAAGCACUCCGUUCCAGCACCACAUAUCUCCGUUAGCUCUGAGACCAGCUGAGCGCCUGUCCGCCGUGGCCAACAUCCUACACUGGCGCUCCAGUCACAUAGCCUGACAGUGCAGAAGCACUGCAUGUUUUGUACUCUCGUCAUGUUCAGUAACUUUUGUUCUUUCGUUUCUUUGGCUGCCACAUCCAAGAAAUAUAUCAAAUGAUAUAU